CACGCGGUCAAGCUCAUUGCCCCACUAGCACACGCCACGAGCGCCAAAGGGAACUGAGAGAACGUAGCUCGCUCCGCGCAAGAAGUACACGCGGCCAUGUCCACCACCGAGGCGCUCCUCGCCGCCUCCGGCAGCGGCGGCGGCAACCGUGUGAGCAUCGACGACGCGCUGGUGCUGCACGCGGGGGAGUUCGGGCGGUGGCAGCUGCGGCACUUUGUGCUGGUGACGGCGGCCUGGAUGCUGGAGGCGAUGCACACCAUGGUCAUGAUCUUCGCGGACCGCGAGCCGGCCAUGUGGUGCCCCGCGGGGGACGGGCGGUGCGGCGACCGCUGCGGUGGCGCCGCGGCCGGGUGGGAGUGGGAGCAGGGGAGCGGCUCGUCGACGGUGGCCGAGUGGGGCCUCGUCUGCGGCGAGCGGUACAAGGUCGGCCUCGUCCAGUCCUUGUUCUUCGCCGGCUGCAUGAUCGGCUCCGGUGUCUUUGGACACCUCUCAGACUCUUUUCUAGGUCGAAAAGGGACCCUCCAGAUGGUGUGCUUCCUCAGUGGCGGUUUUGGCCUACUCACCGCGUUCUCCCCCAACUAUUGGAUCUAUGCAGCCUUUCGCCUCCUCACAGGCUUUAGUGCCGGAAGCAUUUGCUUUUGCUCCUUCAUCCUUGCCACAGAACCUAUUGGGCCAUCACGUAGAGGCGUCGUUGGCACAUCCACCUGCUAUUUCUUCUCGGGUGGCAUAGCAGCCCUCGCAGGCAUUGCGACAAUGUUCCAGUCCUCUUGGCGCAUGCUUUACAUCGUUACCUCUAUGCCCUCGCUAGCCUUCGUGCUCACUGCCAUGCCAUUUGUCUCAGAGUCCCCUCGUUGGUACCUCGUGCGCGGGCGUGUGGAUGACGCAAUGCGCGUCCUACGAGACAUUGCAUCCACCAAUGGUAAGAGCAUCCCAAAAGGCGUCGGCCUCAAGCUCGAUGACGAGGACGGCUUCGACGAGAAGGUCGUGGAGACGUCAUCUAUCUUGGAUGUGUUUCGAUCACGGACAACACGGGUUAGGCUCGUGCUCUUGGUGUUCAUCACCUUCCUUUGCUCUGUGGUGUAUUUUGGGUUGACCCUCAAUGUGGUAAACUUAAAGAUCAACCUUUACAUUAGCGUGGUUGUUAACUCUCUUGCUGAGAUGCCUGCAUAUCUUCUCACCGCGGUACUCCUUCGACACUUCGGACGGAAGCCACUCACAAGUGGCUCGAUGCUUCUUAGCGGCAUCUUCUGCACAAUCGCCGCUCUUAUUGCCGGCGUCGGUGCCAUGAGGGUGGCAAGGAUGGCAUGUGGGGUGGUCGGGAUCUUUGGAAUGGCUGCAACAUACAAUCUAUUACUCGUUUACGCGUCAGAGUUGUUCCCUACAGUGGUGCGCACCGUCGCACUGGGAUGCAAGGCCCAGGGGUCGCAAAUGGGAGCUAUACUAGCACCCAUGGUGGUGUUGCUCGGAGAGCGAGUUCCAUUUUUGAUGUUCGGCGCUUUGGCGAUCAUCGGUGGGCUAUUGGUGCUCUGCCUCCCAGAGACUAAGAACCGGCCUUUGUAUGACACCAUGGCUGGUUUGGAGAAAGGGGAGAGAUCAUCUAAAAGUGAAGAAGAAGUUGCAACUGGUAACUCUGAAAUCUAAUCAAUUAUCCUAAAGCAUUGGCAUACUGAAAGAUCAAAGUUGUCCAUUAAACCAUGUUGCACACAAGAAUGAAUCGCAAAAAAUGCCUCAUCUACUUUUUUAGUUGGGAAAGGUUUGUAUGUUAUUUAGCUUUAUGAUAAAUCAAACUACUAUUUUGUGUAGUCCAAACUAUUUUUGGGAUGGUCAAACACACCUGUUCAUUCA